AUGGUCAAGGAGAUUGCGAAACAAGUACUAUUGGGGUUAGAUUAUAUGCACUGCUAUUGUGGCGUAAUUCACACUGAUCUGAAGCCCGAGAAUGUUCUCGUCUCCAUCCCCGACGUCGAGAGCGUCAUUUUACACGAACUUUCACUACCCUCAGAUAGUACGCGAACUAGGAUGGUUGGAGUACCUUCGAGCUCCGGCCGUGGUGGGAAUCAGAUGCCUCUUUCGGUAUCCCGGCCUACCAGUCUAGGCGUGGAUAAACUCGCAUUUGCGAUGAGCAGAAUAGAGACUGAUGAUCCGGAACCGUCGACCUCCUCUACUUCCAAAUGUGAAUGUAGCCCGCCGAAAAUCAGUCAUAAACAAGGGAAAGAGAAUGAGUAUCCUGGGAACUUGACGGAAUUUGGAGGAGAAACCGAGACUAUCACGGUGAAGAUUGCAGAUUUGGGAAAUGCCACCUGGAUAAGUCAUCGCUUCACGGAUGACAUUCAGACAAGGCAGUAUCGAUGUCCAGAAGUCAUCCUGGGUGCAAAAUGGGGACCAAGUGCGGAUGUUUGGAGUGUUGCUUGCCUGGUGUUUGAACUCAUUACUGGUGGAGACUAUUUGUUUGACCCUGUUUCUGGACAGAGUUAUUCGAAAGACAACAAUCAUCUUGCUCAGAUAAUAGAACUUAUGGGCCCAAUACCCCCAAGCAUGGUUCUAACCGGUAAGUACAGUUGGGAGUAUUUCAAUCGUCGAGGCAAACUUUGUCAUAUUUCUACCUUAUGUCCAUGGCCCCUAGUGUCCGUUCUUCACGAGAAGUACCGGUUCCGGAAAAGUGCAGCUGAGCGUAUUGCUGCCUUUCUUCUACCCAUGCUGAUAGUACACCCCGAGAAACGCAUGUCAGCAGGAGAGAUGGUUAUGCAUAGAUGGUUGGAGGGUGUGGUUGUUCAGGGGGAGAUGGACCUUAUGAAGAUGCUGGAUGGGAUGGAUCAGGAGGAGGAGGAGGAGGAGGAGGAGAACGCAGGGAUUGAGGAUGAAGUCAUCAGUCUGGCAAAUUUGCAGAUGCUGAGGGAACUGAUGGAGCUUACAGUGAUAACCUACCGCAAGUUGGUGUUGCAAGUUUCUUUGGUUCCACAAGUCAUAGCUUGGACGCCGACCUUACUGGUUCUAGGGUAUCCAAAGUCAUUCAAAACACGCAAGUGA